AUGAAUGAAAUGAGCCUGAACCCUGUAGGGAUGGAGCAGCUGACGGCUUCCUCUGUGAGCAAUGCCCUGACUGUCUCGGGAAGCCACUUAGGGUUGGCUUCCUCACCAACACACAAUACCAUAGCAGCACCAGGAUUACCAGUUGCAAUUCCAAAUUUGGGGCCCUCCUUACCUUCUGCUCUGUCCCUGAUGCUUCCAAUGGGCAUUGGGGAUCGGGGAGUGAUGUGUGGAAUACCAGAGAGAAACUAUACCCUACCUCCACCGCCAUACCCUCACCUGGAGAGCAGCUACUUCAGACACAUUCUACCUGGUCUUUUAUCUUAUUUAGCUGACAGACCUCCACCUCAGUACAUCCACCCCAACAAUAUAAAUGUUGAUAGUAAUCCAGCUUUAUCUGUCUCCAACAACCCUUCAGGCCUAGAUCCCUACCAGCCCAAUGGAACGGUGGGUCUCGAACCAGGCAUUGUCUCCAUGGAUUCCCGCUCAGUGAACACACACAGCACCCAAAGCUUGCAUCCCAACGACAGCCAUGAGGUAGCUCUGGAUACCACAAUCUCCAUGGAAAGUGUUUCGAGGGUUACCAGCCCAAUCUCUACUGACAGGAUGGCUGAGGAACUUACAAUGAGUGAUGUGGCUGGGGAUCAUUCACAGAUUGCAAAUGGAAGCCAUAGUCAUGAGCCUCUAGCUGUGGAUAGCAGCUUAGCCACAGACACUGUAGGUCAUAAUGGCGUCCUCCCUAUUCAUGGUAGCAGCUUGGAGCUUCCUGUUGUUAUGGAGCCUGACCACAUUGCAGGCCGUGUCAGUGGUCUAUCUGACAGGACGCUUGGCGACUCCAUUCAUGCGGUGGCCAUGAACAGCAAUUCUGUGAGUGUGGCACUUUCUACCUCACACAACCUCACAUCCCUGGAAUCUGUCUCCUUACAUGAAGUGGGUCUCGGUUUGGAGCCUGUGACCUCCAUAAGCCAAGAAGUAGCCAUGGGACAAACUCAUGUGGAUGUCUCCCCGGACAACCUUUCCUUUGUGCCGUCAUCGCUGCAGCUGGAGGACUCCAAUUCAAACAAGGAGAACAUGGCUACCUUGUUUACCAUAUGGUGCACACUCUGCGACAAGGCCUACCCAUCUGAUUGUCCAGAUCACGGGCCUGUGACCUUUGUUUCAGACACCCCAAUCGAGAGCCGAGCCAGGCUUUCUCUCCCGAAACAGCUUGUCAUCCGCCAGUCUCUCAUGGGAGCCGAAGUUGGUGGGCAGUAUUGUCAGUUAUCAACAUGUCUUGGAUCUUCCUCCUUGGGUGUGUUGGCUAGAGAAACUAUUCCUGUACGCACUUGCUUUGGACCCCUCAUUGGGCAGCAGAGCCACUCCAUGGAAGUAGCAGAUUGGACAGACAAAGCUGCCAAUCACAUUUGGAAGAUGUACCACAACCAUGUCCUGGAGUUCUAUAUCAUCACAACUGAUGAAAAUGAAUGUAACUGGAUGAUGUUUGUGCGGAAAGCCAGGAAUCGGGAAGAACAAAAUCUGGUGGCUUAUCCUCAUGAUGGAAAGAUUUACUUCUGCACCUCACGUGAUAUCCCUCCAGAGCAUGAGCUUCUAUUUUACUAUAGUCGAGAUUAUGCCAGACAGAUCGGUGUUCCUGAGCAUCCUGAUGUGCACACUUGUCACUGUGGAAAAGAAUGUGCUUCCUACACAGAAUUCAAGGCCCACCUGAGUAGUCACAUCCACAGCCACUUCCCCAGCCAGGGGCACAGCAGCAACCAUGGACCAGGCCACAGUAAGGAGAGAAAGUGGAAAUGCUCCAUGUGUCCUCAAGCUUUCAUCUCACCUUCUAAGCUUCAUGUUCACUUCAUGGGGCACAUGGGCAUGAAGCCACACAAGUGUGAUUUCUGUAGCAAAGCCUUUAGUGACCCUAGCAAUCUUCGUACACACCUCAAAAUACACACAGGUCAGAAGAAUUAUCGCUGUGCUCUCUGUGAAAAGUCCUUUACUCAGAAGGCCCACCUGGAGUCUCACAUGGUUAUCCAUACAGGGGAGAAAAACCUCAAGUGUGAUUACUGUGACAAACUCUUCAUGCGACGGCAAGAUCUCAAACAGCAUGUGCUCACACAUACCCAAGAACGCCAGCUUAAAUGUCCCCAAUGUGAGAAGCUGUUCUUGAGGACAAACCAUCUAAAGAAACACUUAAAUUCUCAUGAAGGAAAGCGGGACUAUGUCUGUGAAAAAUGCUCCAAGGCUUAUUUAACAAAAUAUCAUCUCACUCGUCACCUAAAAAUCUGUAAAGGACCAACCUCCAGUCUCUCAGCCCAGGAAGAUGACGAGGAUGAUUCUUCAGAGGAAGAGGAAUUGAUAAACUCUGUAAGGAGUGACACCUGUAGGCUUAAUACGAACAUGUAUGUGACAAAUGACGCACUCUCUUGCCACAAAUAAGAAAUGGAGGACUUAAAAUAUAAAUCGACUCGGCUUCCUAAAAUCAUGUUUAUUACACUACAGUGAAUUUCUGGGCAAGGACCAGAUCUCAUCCCCUUAUGAUAAUGGUGUAUGCACUCAGAGGUUUCAAAGAAGCAUAAAAACAAAAUUAUCACCUAUCCACUUCAACCAAAUCACCAGUAGCAGUUUCCACACUUGAAGUGCAAUGCAUGACUUAAGAAAAAAACUGGCAGAUAAACCUCUGUAUUCUAGUCAGCUGCUUGGAACAAGAGCAGAUACCCUCAUUUACAGUUAAUAAAUUUGAUUUGUAUCCCAUCACAGCAGAACAGUGCCCUGACCCCCCCCCCCCCGGUGAUGUAUACAUUAGUUUGGGCUCAAUAUGAACUUACUUAAAUCAAUAUUCAUUGUACACCAAUGAAUUGCCCAUGUAUUAUGACAACUAGUAUUUGCAUAUGAGACUGUUAAUAUACAGUAUGGGAUCAAUAGAGGAAAGCAUGCUUAUAAUGCAGAUUUGGUUUUAGCAUGAGCCAGCAAUUUGCUGUAUAUAGUGCCAUAUGGUAUUACCUGUAUGGUUACUAAUAACCAUGUAUUUUGGGGAGUUCUGCUGCUAAUAUAUUUAUGGAAUGAAGAUUAAUUUAAAAUCUGUUUCCUUAUGGAAAAAUUAAAACACUGCUUUUUAA